AACCGACAAGUUGCAGCUUCAUUAUACUUGAUGCAACGUCAUAAAAGCAAAGCAGUUAGGUCACAUUUCUGUUUUUGUUUUCGCCGCAUUGCAGCAACCAUUUUUUGUGCUAUGAUUUCCUCAGCUCCGCACAAAGUAGCAACAACGAAAAAUCUAGUCCAAAAUGGCUGAGCUCUUUACAAGCAUACCUUUGAUGCACUGUAAAAUAGAGGCAACGUUUGAGUUCUAGACUGAAUAAACUGGGGAAUAUAUAUAUAUAUAUAUACAUAUCUAAAAGUGUCAUGUAGUAUAUACGAUUAACUAUGUAAGUAUCGCCUUAACGAUCGAUAACCCCUAGCGGGAGACAGUAGUCGGGCCCUCACCGACUAUGGCGCGUGUCCGCUGUCUACCCGUGCUAUGCAUGCUAUACGCUAUUAACCUGACCUGACUAUACUCGCUUCAGCGUCUAUCAGAAUCAGGCUGAUGAGGGAGGCGCUGCUGACGAGUCGUAGAGUGAACCACUCAGAAGGAAGAGUACGCGCAAGUACAACUGCCUGUAAAAAUGUCUCUGGUUACAGGAGAGAAGAUAUAUUCUCCAGCCUUGUUGGGUACUAAGUAAUUUACUAUAGUUCUCUCAUCGAUAUGCAAGGAAUCGCCGUCUUUUUCGUUUGAAUCUUCCCCGACGUAUCUAAUGGGAUAGGUGGAAGCUGCCGAGCGUCGAUCAGUUCUUGUUUGUAGAGACUUAGUGAUGAAAAGCUGGCGGAAACGGAGCUGUCGUCAAAUGGUGUCAACUGGUUAGAUAGCACAGCCUAACUCUCUAUGAUAUGCGAUGGUUUGCUUGUGUGGUUUUGACGCAAGCGAUAAACCUGGACAAAUCCGAUGGUCGACCUCAAAACCCAAUGUUUGUGGGAUGUAAGACAGUUUGGCACUCUUCCGACGUUCUAGUCUGCACACUCACAUGAACCUGGGAUUAAAAGAUCUCUCUUCAAGCUCCCUGCGGCCUUCGCCUCUUCGAUGUCGCUUAACGAUGUUUACUCUUCUAUAUACAAUCAUCACAGCGGAGCUGAUCGUUUACAAGUUAGUAGCUGGACUACAAAUAGAAUCAAAAUACCAAGUGGAUCUCAUCGAAGGGCUGCAGAUUUUCAACGCUACCUAUCGGGGAUUAACAGUAGUAGAAGGGUUUCACAAGCUAUCUCCUGCAAUUCAACUUUCAGGAGACUCAAGACAGAUUAUUCUACCAGUAGAAGUGCACAAUAAAGCAUCCGAACUUCUGUAUCAUAGCAACGAAUUUACAUUCACAGUGACAUUGAAGCAAGAAGAACGAAAUACAGGAACAAUUCUAUCAUUUUCUGAAGGAAAUAAUAGGUUUCUGGAAGUGCAAACAAGUGGAAGGAAGGACGAGAUUCGGUUUCAUUACACGUACGAAGAUAUGCUAUACGUAGAAACAUUCCCUUAUCGCUUGGCGGAUAACACCUGGCAUCAAUUAGCCCUUACCGUCAGUGGAAACAACAUAGAAGUCUUUGUGGACUGCACCAAGAUCUAUACACGAGUACUUAAGGAAAUAGAACGUGACUUCACUGGGAAAAAUAUUUCUCUGUGGUUAGGGCAAAGAAACGCCAGACAUUUUCUAUUUAAGGGAUAUUUACAGGAUGUCAAAAUAAUUGGAAGAUCCCAUGGGUAUAUCCAGCAGUGUCCCCAUUUGAAUACAGAAUGUCCAACAUGUGGGCAGUUUCAUCAACUCCAGUUAUCAGUGGUUCACUUGGAGAAUCACCUCAGGGAGUUGACAAACAGAUUAGUGGAGGCAGAGAAUCGUCUCACUGUAGUGGAAGAAUGUGAAUGUCGCAAAAGUUGUCAUAUUAAUGGAUCUGUACAUCCUGAUGGUGCCUCAUGGAAACAAGCCUGUGAUAUAUGUUCCUGCAUGAAGGGUGAGGUGAAGUGUCAUCCUGUACAUUGUGCUCCAGCCAAUUGUAAAAACCCAUUCCAAGCUCCAGGAGAGUGUUGUCCAACUUGCCUCAAACGGUGCUUACUUCAUGGUGUUCUUUUUGAUCAUGGAGAAGAGGUCAGCCCCAGAGAUUGUGUGAAAUGUGAAUGUAAGAAUGGAAACAUGGAAUGUGACAAAAUUGACCCAGACACAUUUUGUUCACCACUCACAUGUCCUGAAGAAGAACAGUUUAGUGUUCCUGGGGAAUGUUGUAGGUUUUGUCCAGGAAUAGACUUUUGUGCAAAGGGGCAUGACUGUCAUAUUAAUGCUUCUUGUGUUAACCUUCAGACUCGUUAUACUUGUCACUGUGACACUGGUUUUCAUGGGGAUGGGAACCACUGUGAAGAUGUGGAUGAAUGCCAGAAAGAAGGAGACCAUAAUGGACAUCACUGCCACAAAAAUACUCAUUGUAUUAAUGUCCCUGGAUCAUAUAUCUGUGAAUGUCUACCAGGAUAUCGGCGGAUGGAUGCCUUUAGCUGUGCUGAACAUGAUGAAUGCACCACAAAAGAUCAUGAGUGUGACCAACAUUCAGUGUGUUUAAACACGGAAGGAAGCUACAAAUGUGAGUGUAUAGAAGGAUAUCAGGGAGAUGGAUAUACUUGUAAACCUUUAUGUAAUCAAACCUGCCUAAAUGGAGGCAAUUGUGUGGCACCUAAUAUUUGUUCCUGUCGUCGAGGGUUCACAGGACCCAAUUGUGAAAUAGAUGUGGAUGAAUGUAGUUUGGGUCUUCACCAGUGUCAUCCUAACUCACAAUGUGUCAACAUGCCAGGAUGGUACUACUGUGACUGUCUUCCUGGAUACCAAAGCUAUCUGGUAGAUAACAAUCUUGGGAUUAUGUGCCAAGAUAUUGAUGAAUGCUUUCUGGACUCUCACACCUGCCACAGUACGGCUAUUUGUAUCAAUGAAGAUGGUGGAUUUAGAUGUGAAUGUAAUGACAAUACCACCUGUUCUUUAGGUUGUAUACAUCAUGGGACAGAGAGAGCUAAUGGAGACACCUGGUUUUCUGAGAAUGAUGCAUGUUCUCGGUGCACAUGUACAAAUGGCGUAGUUAGCUGCAACAAGCUAGAGUGUAACUGUAACAAGCCUGAUAUAAAUUUAGACUGCUGUCCACAGUGUGACCAAUCCUCGUACUGUCAACACCAGGAGGUUGCCAGAAAAUUUAGUAAUGGUGAACAGUGGAUUUAUCAGUGUCAAGUGUGUGAAUGCUUAUAUGGAGAAGUAGAUUGCUGGCCAAUAGAAUGCCCACCGGUCAUGUGUGAAAAACCAACUCGACAGCCUGGUGACUGCUGUCAUCGUUGCGAAGGUGAUCCCUGCAACUCCCAGACUUUCACUAGUGAUGAGGUCAGUGGCAAUAUUACUUCAAACCUUCAAGCUGGCCGUGGGUGUUUCUACAGAGGUCUUAUGUAUCGCUAUGGGGAUCGUGUCCCUGUUAGCGAAGAUCCAUGUACAUCCUGUAAUUGUAAGGUUCCACACUGUGAACACUCUGUGAGAAAUAGGGGUUAUAGUUUCCAUCGAAUGGACAACUUUGCUGCACAUAUACUCCUUCUUGUAGCAACAACACUGUCCACUCUGAUUUUUUCAAAUAUAAGGACUUGCAUGAUAAUCUUAAGCAAAGAAUCUUUCCAAGUAACACAGUGGCGGACUUGCAUGAUUUCUCAAAACCGGAUCUUGAGAUCUUUGGAGACCAAGAGGGAUCAUCAGAAGGACCAUUGUCCAGUUCACCAGAGCACAGCACUAUGGAAGGGAGGAUUGCUUUGGUGGAAGAGCACCUCACGGAGUCUUCAUUAGAAAAUCUUGCCACUGGUGUUAUAGAAGAUAUUCUCCCAACUUUUCAAUGGUCCAGUAUUGAGAGUGGGAAAAAUUUUGGAAGUUCAGAGUUAGCUACCUCAGCAACAGAGUCUUCUUCAGCUGCUGAUGAUGAAAGCUGAGAAAUAGAGAGGCCUCAAGAUUUUUACAAGAAAGAAAAGCUUACUAGCAGAUCUUUUAAGUUUAUGUUUUCUUUAUUCUUCUUAAAAACUUGAUAAAUUCACAGUUAGCUACCUCAGCAACAGUGUUCUUCUAACGGUGCUGAUGAUAAAUGCUGUAAAAUGUUCAUCAAUGAGCUCAAAGAUGACUACAAUAUAAUAAAAUUAACAGCAUGUCAGCAGCCCAAAUAUUUUCAAUUGGCAUUCUUUGAUUUUGCAAGAAGAAUUUCAAAAAUUAUUUAAAAAAUAAAAGUAUUUUAUGUUUUAGCCUGUCUUCUCAAGUUUGGGAUCACAGAGAAGCUUGAUUUGAAUGACUGCCUUAAACAAAAAAUGUGGACCAGAAGAUGAGCUUGUGAAGGUGUUCUUUUGGGUCCACCACGACAGUCAGUUUUUAAAAGAACAGUAUUGUACUUUAUAAAUAGUGUGCCAUUCAAGAUCCUCAUCUUGUGUGCAUUAUAAGCUUUCACUUGUUAAGAGACCCAUUUUGUCUGAAGGGGACUGUUUUCAUACAGUUUACAAAUGUAUGACAUGUGCUGGUUUUGUACAUGUGUGUAAAUGUGCUAGCGUUAACAACUACUCUGUACAUAAAUCACAUGAUGGCUAUACUCUGUUGUACCUAAUUAUUUAUUGCUUUGAAACAGAAAUGUAUUAUAUGCUUGUUAGUUAAAUGAAAGUCAUGUUAUUGUAAAUUAUGUUAUAUUUUAGUGUAUAGAUGCAAGUAGAAUUUUAAAGUUGAAAAGCAUAAGAUUGGAUUGUACUUUGUUGUACUUUGAGAAAUGAAUACUGCACAUAACUGCCAAAAAAAAAAAAAGAAAAAGAAUCAAAUGAAAAUCAAAAGUUGCCUCAGUAUUUUUGGAAAGAGUGAUUCGAGUAUGAAUAUAUAUGAUCUAAAUGACUGUUUUCUGAAACAGUGAAGAUGUUAUUUUGAUCCAAAGUCUCUACUAGUCAUAAAUAUGUUUCAUUAGUUAUUCCUGAACAUCGUUAAAUUGGUCUUACUCCACAGUCUUAAUGUUUUGUGAUCUCAAAAUAUUUCAAAGUUUUCCAAACUGGAACUUAACCUGAUGAGUUUUGUGUAUUUUAUUAACUGUCUGGUAGGAAAUAAAUCUAUCAAACAAG